AUGACAGUACUCCUCCGGAUGAUUACGAUGGAUCUAGUCGUUCACUACGGUUCCUUACUACGGGUACGCACCUCGACGUGGGGUGUUUUUGAGUGGUACUGGUAUAUUCGGGAUGGCCCAAUCCCACUGAUAAUCGGUUUAUUCGUCGAGUAUUCCAUUUUAUUCCAAGUCCUUGGCACGCUGCUGAUCGCUGUAAAUCGAGCAACGUCCAUGGCAAUGCCCCAUAAAUAUGAAAAAAUCUGGGGCUUCUACACGUGGCAUUUUAUUGGUGGCACGGCUGUAAUACCACUACUCUACUGUAUACCCAGCUUCACGGCUUCAAGCUUCUUUGCGAGAUUUGGCUGGGGCUAUUACAUACCUUAUACCUUGCAGAAUAAUUCUAUCGGACAAUUUUUCGACGAUGUCUACUUCCCAAUCUGCGUUGCUAUUGUAGCUUUAACGCUACUUGUCAACGCCUACACCGGCAUCAAGCUGUUCGCCUACACGAAAAAGUUGAAAAAACGGGAAUUAACUUUCCAUAUUGCUACGCUGGGCCAAUUUAUCGCGCAGUUGAUCAACACGGCAGAGCUGAUUCUUGUCAACACUUUGAACAUUAAUGAAUAUUAUAUGGUCUUCCAAUUUCAGCCAGUAUGCGCUGAUAUCGCAAAUUUUAUGCCAUUGUGGUUCUUACUACUCAUCUCCGAGGAGACACGAAAAAUGGUCACUGGAAAGCUGACCAAAGCGGAUAUGAACACCACUAUGACGGCCGGGGUCUCGGUCGUCGAUUCCGGGAAGCAAAACUGGGGCAGUCAACGCCGGAUACAACCCAAUAGCCGGUCAAUGUACGGGAAUAAAGAA